AAUAAAGAGAUAGAAACCAAAAACCAACAAUUAGAGACGGCAAAUAAGAAAGCGGAGGAUAAAGAACGAGAGAAACAACAACUUAAAGAACGAGGAGAAAAAGAAUUAAAAGGUUAUGAAGAAGCGAGAAAACAAUUAAAAGAACAACUGGAAUCAACUAAAAAAGAAAAAGUGGUUUUAACUAUUAAAGUCAAGGAAUUGGCCGAAGAAUUAGACUCUAUCAAAACUAAACUAAGAAUAGUUGAAGAACAAAAAAAACUUCAAAAGGAAGAUAUUAGCCAACAAGUCAACCAAAAAGAGCAGUUAAUAACCAACUUACAACACGAAGUUGAAUUACUCCAAACUGAGGUCAAUAAUUAUCAAGAGAAGGCUAUUGAAGUAGCCCAAAGAUUAAAGAAAAAUCGCACUCUAGUUAGCCCGGAAAAGGUUAGUUUGGAAGAGUUGCAAAAAGAAAGAAAAACCCACCUAAUUUUAAUUGGAGCUUCCCAAGUGGAAAUUCAAAACAAAACUAACCGCCUCAAUUCUUUAAAAACAGAUAUUGAAAAUCUAAAGCAAGAAGCCGCUAAUCUAGGGAAACUUCUGCGUGCCAAAAGAGCCGAAAUCUUCGAUUUAGUUAAAAAACUAAAUAAAUCUCAUAGUCUCAUGACCGAACUAGAAAGACAACUGGCAGAAACUCGUGAAAAAUUGGAACAACUGGAACAAGACAAAGCACAGUUAAAGGAAGAAAAGAGAAAUUUACUCACAAGAAUAGAAACUAAGGAAAACGAAAUUUCAGAAAAAGAUAAAGAACUAGUUCGGUUGAGAAAUUUCAAAAAUCAUAAUGAAGAAAGAAUCAAAAAAUUUCCUGAGUUAGAAAUUGAACGACUGAAACUGAUUAGUGUGAAAGAAAAUUUACAAACACAACUCAAUGAAAAAGAUGGAACAAUCAGAGAAAGAGAUUUUGAAUUAAGCAAAAAAGUAGGAACUAUACAGGAAUUAAAUAAUGAAAAUGAAUCACAAAGGAACAAAAUUUCCCAACUAGAGGACCAAAACAAACAAGCCGAGAAUAAUAUUAGAACUCUAACUAGCGAAAAAACUACUCUUCAAACUGAAAAACAAACUCUUCAAGACCAAUUACGGGAUAAAGAUGAUGAACUCAACCAAGCCAUCCGACAAAAAAGAUUAGGAAUUUUUUAUCGUAUUUUUGGCCGCAAGGAACGAAAUCAAAUUAAAGAAUUAAGAACCCAAUUACAAGAGACUAGAACUGAACUUUUAUUAGCCAAAGACCAAAUAAGAAAUUCCGGAGAAAAAACUGGUGAAAUUAAGCCUUUACCAGUGAUUAGUAAUCAAACUAAACCGGAAAAGUAUCCAAAUAAGGAAAAAGUUAAAGAAAUUGAAGGAAGAGAAAUAGAGGGAGAAUCAAUUAUUGCGGAUUUUUCCCA